AAACGUCAUCGAUACAUCUGAUGAAUCAACGUGUUCAUCAGCUGAUGCUGAAAUAAAAAGCAUUAACAGGCAUGAUGAUGAUGGUAAGUUAUCGUGGAUGAGUUGAUAUCGAGUGGUUUUUUGCAAAUGAAAAUAUUGGUUUUGCGUUUCAUAGCAGACGAGCUUACAAGAAAAUACGGACACGGGAGGAUCAUUGAAAAAAAAUGUCCUCAGUGCGAUGAGUAUGUGGAGCUUAGGACAGCAGGAGCCCAUGUUGGAAACAGCACUGCAGUGUACGCUGAUGAUGACAGACUUGUUUGCCCAUAUUGCGAUUACAUUGAAGCAGAUGUCAGUAACGCAGAUGAGAAGUUACCUAGUGAAGCAAAUGAGGAAUCCCUACCAUCUCAAAGUGAAAACAAAUCAGUGCCAAGGAAAAGAAUACCAAGGGGAAAGGCAAAGCCCUCCAGCAUGCAAGUGGCAUUUGAGAAUGCAAUGAAAGAGCAUAACAAAUAUCUCAAGGAGUCCGAUGAAAUGUUUUUGUCAGAAAUGAAAAAAGAAGCAGAAAAAGAGCGAGAGUUGCGAAAGGAAGAGCUUAAUGUUUAUAAGGAGUCAAUGUCACUUCUUGCAAAUGCAAUAGCAAUGAGGUCUCAGCCUGUGCAACAACCAUUCUACAAUGUUCACCAUGAUGCUGAAAGUCAACAAACAUAUUACAAACUUUGAUUUAAUUUAAGAACAUGAGUAAUUUAGCUAUCAUCAGCUUAUUGUGUUAUCAAAAACUCAGUUAAAGAAUUUCUAAUUUGCUCUGCA